CAUCCGCCUAGCACUCUCUCUCUCUCUUUAAAUUUGGGACUCUCGUCACGAUCAUUCCAACGCUCAUCUGUUGGACGUGGUGGCUGAGAUUCCAGUGAUCGUUGUUUUUCACACGGAACAGCUUCUUCCUUCUAGGAUUUGGGAGGUGGUGGUUCUUGUCUCUGCAAUUGGAGGGGAGAGGGGAAGAGAAAUAAGGCUGAACGGAGCCGCCAGUGGUGUCCCCCGAGGAUCGCCGUUGCGCCUUAGUGCAGCGCCAUGAAGAACGACAGCAUCGCCGAGUCACCCAAGGUCGCCUGCCGGGACAAUGCAGAGUCGAGGGAGACGGAGGAAAAGGGGGGCGGCUUGUGCUUCUUGUGCGGCAGCGCUGGUUCUUCUUUGCCUCCUAAGCAGAAGCUAGUCGUUGGAUACGCGCUCAAACCAAAUAAGAUCAAGUCCUUCUUGCAACCAAGACUGGAGGCGUUAGCGAGGGAAAAAGGAAUAAUGUUUGUUGCCAUAGACCAAAACAAAUCUCUUUUGGAUCAAGGACCAUUUGACAUAGUCUUGCAUAAGUUUAAAGGAAAAGAGUGGUUUCAGACUCUUCAGGAAUACGUGCAGAAGCAUCCUGAGAUCACUGUUAUUGAUCCGCCUGGUGCCAUUGAGUACUUGGACAAUCGCCAAUCAAUGCUUAAUGUUGUUGAUGAUUUGAAUUUAUCCUAUUCAAAUGGUAAAAUUGCUAUUCCUAAGCAAUUAGUUGUACGUGGAGAUCCCAAUUCGGUUCCUGAUGCAGUAAAGAGAGCUGGGUUGAAGCUUCCUCUUGUUGUGAAGCCAUUAGUUUUGGAUGGAACUGCCAAAUCCCAUGAACUGUUUCUUGCUUAUGAUCAUAUUUCACUGUCAAAGCUUGAACCACCAUUGGUUCUGCAGGAGUUUGUGAACCAUGGUGGUGUACUUUUUAAAGUCUACGUUGUUGGGGAGACCUUAAAGGUUGUGAGACGCUUUUCCUUGCCAGAUGUCGAGAACUAUGAACAGUCACAUAAUGUUGGACUUGUUCCGCUUCCAAGGGUUUCUUUUACUGCAGCUUCAGCUGUUGGUGCUGAUUUGGAUCCACACGUUGCAGAUCUUCCUCCAUUUCCACUUAUUGAGAAACUUGCAGGAGAACUCCGCCAGAGGUUGGGUCUCCUACUGUUCAAUAUUGACAUAAUCCGAGAGCAUGGUUCUGGAGACAACUUUUACGUCAUUGACAUUAACUACUUCCCUGGAUAUGAAAAGAUACCUGAUUAUGAGCACAUAUUCACCGACUUUCUCCUGAGCCUAGUGGAAGGCAAAUCCAAGGAGCACCAUGUUGGCAAGAACUGAUGGUGGGUUAAUGUGGGUAUCCUACUCGCAGACUUUAGACCGGAGAUUUGGCAGCAGCCGACAUCCUUGAAAUUGAAGUCCCGGAAUUUUCAGCGCUGGUGCUUUAAUCCAAUGCUUUGCUUGCAAAAGUAGUUAGACAUAUGAGCAAUCUUGUAGAUUUCAAUGUGUUUCCGUAUAAUUUCGGGCGAAAGCUCCAUAUGAGGGGUCAAGUUUUGCUCCUGAUUGUCGCAAAGUGCACUCGAAUUUCUUGUUACGGGUCAAAAUGGGCAAACCAAAAUGUAAUUUUUGUGAA